CCAAGGCGUAAGCACCAACAUGCAUUGAAUACCAUUUGCAGUUUGGUAUGCCGUCUGACAUCGUGGAUAUCUUUUACUAUCACUAUACCAGCAUGUAAGAACUGCUUCUCGACUUGCUUGCGUGAAUACAAAUGGACCGGUCCUUUUGUAGAAAAUGUAGGCUUAAUCGGAAGUCGAAUUGUAGUGCAAUCUGUUAGAAAGAUGGGCAAAACCAAAUGUUCUUGUUUUCAGCAUCGCGUCGAGCACUGGCAAGCAGACAUGAAUAAUUCUAGCAAUCUUGACUCUCCACUCGCCAUUCUUCGCCUUGCUCGUAAUUGCUCUCGACCUGUGAUCAUUCACGACUGCCUCGGUAUUUCACGUGCAGCGUGUGUAAUUGCAACUGAACUAGCCAUCUGUAACAUCAUCAAAGGUCCUACUUACAAGCGUAAAACGUUUCUUAAACGUCAACUUCUCUUCAUUCAUUUUCUUCGCCUCCAACGCCCAUUUUCGGUGGAAACUCCCAUGCAAUUUAUUUUUAUUCAUCGAUGUGUUCAAAGGUUCUUCAGUAAGAUCUCAGGGCUAGCGCGACGCAUGGAAGAGGAUUAUCAAAAAUGGCUGACAGAACGAGCUGAGCGAAUGUUUUUGGAUAGUCUCGACUCAUCGGUGCCUGGUUAUCGAUUGCUGUCUCCUCGUGUUGAUCCGGAUCUCCUGAGGCUUGUACGACGACCGCCAAGACCGAAUUCUCGAAGGGAAGCACCAGAUUGCGUUGGAGAGCUGCCAAUUUCUCUAAGUCCGGCAAACGUUCUAUUUGAAGUUAAAGUUUGUUCAAUAUAG